AUGUCUUCUGCUACGAAGGAGAUUUUGGGGAGGGUGAGGCAGUUGAUUCCGCCUAUGUUGGAGAGGUUUCAUAAGGGGCAGAUGGGAAGAGUAGCCGUGAUCGGCGGGAGUGAGGAUUACACGGGGGCGCCGUACUUUUCUGCUAUGGCGAGUGCUAGGUUGGGGUGUGAUUUGUCCCAUGUAAUCUGCACUCCCACCGCAGCAACCGUAAUCAAAACCUACUCCCCCAACCUAAUGGUCCACCCCCUGAUGCGCUCCCUCCCUUCCUCCCCCGCCAAACCCGCCGGCGAGGACAGCGACCCCUCCACCGCCAGCAAACACGACACCGACCCCUCCGAAAUCGCCUCGAGAAUCAUCCCCCUCCUCUCCCGCCUCCAUGUCCUCGUCAUCGGCCCCGGCUUAGGCCGUGACCCCCUCAUGCAAAAAACCGUUGCUUUGGUCAUCCAAGCGGCAAAGAAACAAAACAUACCCAUGGUCCUCGACGCUGACGCCCUCCUCCUCAUCUGCAACGACCCCGACCUUGUAAGGGGUUACCAAGAGGCUGUCCUCACCCCCAACGUAGUUGAGUUUGAGAGACUGGCCAAGGCACUGAAUAUAGAGAAGGAGGUGGCAAAGGAGGGCAAGGAGACAGAUAGAGUGGAACGGUUGGCUAGGGAGUUGGGAGGGGUGAUGGUUUUGCAAAAGGGGGGAAAAGAUCACCUCAGCAACGGGACAGUAACGUAUAGUGUUGACUUGGAGGGCGGGAAGAAGAGGAGUGGUGGGCAGGGGGAUACGCUCACGGGGAGUAUUGCUACUUUUUUGGGGUGGAGGAAGGCUUAUCAUGAGGGGUUGUGGGAUGUUAAACACAAGAUGAAGGAGGAAGAGACGGCGGGGUUGGCAGUUUUUGGCGGGAGUGUGAUUACGAGGGGAAUGCUCCCGCCUUGCCUUUGCCAAAAGAGGCCGCAGCCUUCAGGCCAGUGA